AUGCGCAAUCUCAAGCCGCAGCAACGGAAGAACAUACCUGAUAUGUUGAAGCAGUGGUUCACUAGAUCACGUAACCUUCCACUGAAUUUCAGGUUCAUUGGUAGUCCCUCCGAAGCGUCGGAACCGUUGAGUGGUUUAAUUCUCCCAUACGCCCAUCGAUUCCGUCAUUUUGACUUUCCUUCACCUAACCUUGACCUCUCUGCCGCCUCUGUAUCACCUCUUGGUGACUCGCCAUGGUCUACCUUGAGGUUUUAUGAAUUGGAGUCGGCCAUUGUACGGAACGCCAUCUAUGUCGAUGACAGCAAGGACACCCCUCUUUUUCCAUAUGCGCCCCGUCUUCAACGGCUACGCAUGGAUGAACUCUCGUUCGAAGGAUCUCGCAUCCGACUUGUUGUUCCGUGGAGUCAACUCACGCAUUUGAAUCUCAUGGAGUCCCUCGAAUUACAUAUAUGGCACCAGAUAUUUCCAAUGUGUCCUAAUCUUCAGCACGGCUUCUUUUACAUCGGCGGGGAAUAUGCUAGCGAAGGCCCACCUACCUCUCAGUCUGUCGACCAUGUGGCCUUCAACCACCUGGUCGAAUUAUCACUUGCGUUCGUUGGAUCCAUGGACGUUCGCGUCUUCAGCCCCUUCGACUUCCCAGCUCUUGUGACCCUGACGCUUACAGCUGACGCCGAGGACUUCCUAGACAAAGAGUGUUUCUGGACAGAGACGGAUCGUCGCCGGUGUCAUCAACAGUUGGCUUCGGUGCAGAGGCUGUCUCUUAACGGGGAAUGGUCUUACGGGACUCUCCUUGAAGGGAUGGAGCAAAUCGUUGAGCUCGACCUUCGCUAUCAAUUCGAAAACUAUGAUGAAGAAUUUCUUUCAUAUUUACGACCAGAUCAAGAUUUUAUUUUGCCUAACCUAAAAGUCCUCAUCUUGGAACUUUCUGUUGACAAUUCUGCAAAGUCGGAGGCAAAUGUAAUCGCGGAUAUCAUCAAGUUCAGAAGGUCCACGAAGUCGUCACCUGGAGGAGGAAUUGAGAAGCUUUUCGUAGACCUCGGAGGCGUUUCUCGAGCUACUAAAAUUGCCUGUAAGGAUACGUUGAUGGGCAAGCUUCAGCCUUACUUUAGCGACGGUUUCCGUCUGGAGAUCACGGAUGUAGAUUCGCGGUCAAGACGCCUUGACGCGAUGGCUACCGAAUGGCAUGAUGGUAUGAUUGAUCUUUGACAGUCGCGAGGUGAGGCCCAAAGGUUUAUACGUUGGAUGCGGAGGCUACUCGUGUGGUGGUGAUUGCCAGAGGUUUUUUUUCUCAUCUUCCAAAUAACCCCCUCUCGUCGAAAACUAUUUGAUUUCCUUGUUGGUUUUUCUGUAAUUAUUUCUUGCCUUGCAACUACAAUCGUCGAAUG